AUGGAAUCCAAUGGGCCACCACAAAGCCAAGACCAUGGCGGGGAAACCCUCAGCAGCAAUCUACCGUCCGGGUAUGAUCCCGACGAGCCUGAAAUUCCGGUAUCAAGACAAUUGACAAUGCGCAGAGAAGACUCACUUGCAGAAGCUAUACCGUCCGGAUAUGCAGAAGACGAUACACAGCCUCCCGUUUUGCGCCAGCGUCUGGGACGAAAUCUGUCGCUUCUGGCGUCGUUGCCUGACGGUUACUAUGACGAAAGUGACAAAGCCAGUCCAAUACAGAUGCUUUUUCUCGUUGAGCCCGGUUUCAAGACUUGGUUAAAUAUACUUAAUGGUUCCAUUUGGGGUGUUUUGGCUCGUAGAGGCCUUGAAGCACUCACUACAUACAACGGGAGCUACCUCAGUGGAGUUGUAUGGGCAAAUUUCGCCGCUUGCGUAGUAAUGGGAAUGCUUGUGGAAUCUCACGAGCUAUGGAAGAUUACUGAAAGCGAACUUCAAUCUGUGAAAGCAUCGCUUCCAUUGUACGUGGGAGCAGCCACAGGAUUCUGUGGUACCCUCUCGUCAUUUUCGUCGUUUAUUCUUGAGAUGUUCUACAAAUCAACCAAUACGGAACCAACCAAUUUUUCUUACCCCAAUAGGGCAUAUGGAAUCAUGGAAUUUCUUGCCGUGGGUAUAGUACAAGUUACUGUAUCUCUCGGAGGAUUCUAUUUGGGUUCAGAUAUGCUUCGAUUUUCCGACAGAAGGUUUCCUAGUAUGUCUUUGAAAACUUAUCAAGUACUUGAAUGGGUUUCCAUGGUGGUGGGAGUUGUAGCCUAUAUUGUCACUAUUGUGCUCAUAGCCGUCAAAAAAUCCGGAUCCUGGCGCUCGUGGAUGUUCUCCGUCUUAUUUGCUCCUUUUGGAGCAUGGGGUCGAUUCUACGUUUCUCGGUGGUUCAAUACUCGCAUCAAAGGAUUUCCGCUAGGAACCUUUAUUGUAAAUUUUUCAGGAACAUUGCUACUUUCAAUUUUUGUCGUUCUUUCUCGAGGAAAGACCUCAACGCUGCAACUAGUCAUAUCAACCAUUGCUUGUCAAAUUCUUGAAGGCCUUAGUGAUGGUUUUUGUGGAGGUCUUACUACAGUGAGCACAUUUGCAGCCGAGUUAGCUGGUCUAAUCAAAAGCUGGCACUUCUACCGCUACCUCAUAAUUUCGAUAGUGGCGAGUUACGCCGUGACGAUCCUUAUCGCUGGAUCCUACAAUUGGACUCGUGGCUUCACCACCACCGUAUGUUCUUGA